GUGUGUUUUCCCUCCCGUUCUUCUGUCAGGACAUGGACGAUCAACAAAGGUCCCUAAUGCAACACCAGGGAGCCCUAGUGCCUAGCAUGCACUCGGUAUCGGCCGGCCAUGUGGUGCAUUCGCCCCACCAUCAACAAUCCAUGGCGAGCCUGUCGAAUCUUCACCACGGUAUGCAGCCGCCACCCGUCACCAGCCACGGCACGGUGGACCAGCAACAACAGGGACAACAUGCCGGGGAACACACGCACUCGCAGGAGGCGAGAAAGCAGGAAAUUGGGGAUAUUCUACAGCAAAUCAUGACCAUCACGGAUCAGAGUUUAGACGAGGCCCAAGCAAGAAAACACGCACUCAACUGUCAUCGGAUGAAGCCUGCUCUAUUCAGCGUGCUCUGUGAGAUCAAGGAGAAGACAGGUAAGGUGUUAGGGGCCAACCUCAAUCCCCCGACCCCGUCUUGAAAUAACCCCGGUACG